CCCCAGCUGCCCUGGCCAGGAGCAGCCUCAGGCACACCACAGAAGCUCCCUGUGCCCAUGGGGCCUUCUCGGUUGGUCCGUGCCCCUCGGCCCCGGGGCUUAAGUUCCCCUUACCGCAGGCCAGGGCUGGGUUGGCCUCGGCCUCGGUUUCCCAGGAUGUUCAAGCGUAGCCACAGAAGGUAUCGGCAGAAACCCCAAGGCCCAGCUGCCACCACUGCAGCUACCAAUCUUGUCACCGUUGGCACAGGUAUCAACAACAUUCAUACUGCCACCAUGAGCAUAUGGAUCUUUCCGCCACAAGUUCUCAGACACCUAUGUCAACCUGGCAGCUUUCUGAUCCUCUAGAAGUGUCCAGAAACUAGUCCAGAAGCUUGGCUGGCUCCGGACCUGCAUCUCCUAAAGGUCAUGGGUGGUUAACAGCAGACAAAUACACUCAUUUCUGCUCUGAC